CCUUCAAACGUUGCCUCCGAAAGAUCGCCCAAACCGUUCCCCGUUUCUGUUACGAAAAGUGUGCUAAAUAGUUUGACAUUCAUCGGCCGGUGAUACCAGAGUGUGAAGUAUUGCAAUCAUUCGGCUGUGUUACCACUGUUAAUUGCUGAAUCGGUAUGAUGAAUUGGCUUGUGAAAGUAAUGCUACUGUAUGAUGUAGUGACAACGUGUUUCAGUGUACCGCAUCUUCUGGUUGUACGACAGGUGUCUGAUCAAGAUCAAAUUCCUGCGGAGAUUUUGGCACAGUAUCCAAACGGAGCGUUUGAUGAUAGAAAACCGCCUCCAGAUCCCAACAACCAACGCUUCAAGGAAUAUGUGAAUGAGCUCAUCCGGUUCGAUGAUUGGGCGACGGGACAUGGUCACGUGAGGUCACCCCAGGAAAUCCUGCCAGACGAUGAAUUCAACGACCCAAACCCGCACACCGACCCAAACAAUCCAUCCUAUAAAGAUUACGUGAAAGAGUUGACUAGAUUCGACGCGUGGGUCACCGGCCAAAAAGUUCCAAUCCCUGCUGAUCCAGUAACCGACCAACUGCAUCAGGAUAUUCCUGCCGACACUUUGCCAAGUGAGACAGCACACACGAGCUUUCCGAGACAAGUUAGUCAACCAGACACACAAGUUCCCUUCGACGACCAUAAACCGGUGAUUCCACCGAACCAAAACUUCAACGACUACGUCAAAGUAUUGACGCGGUUCGAUGCGUGGGUUACCGGCAAAAAGGUUCCCAUCCCGGCGGACCCCACAACGGAUGCCCUCCAUCAGGUCUUCCGACGGUCCGUGAUAAGUCCGGAACAGCACUUUGCCGAUCAGAUUAGCGAUCCUGCACCGGCGAAUCCAGCAUCAAACCCCGCCUACAACAGUUUCGUACAAGAACUGAAGCGUUUCGACCCAUGGAUCACUGGCCAGAAAGUUCCCAUCCCACGGGAUCCCGUCACCGAUGAAUUACAUCAUAUUAGGCGAUCACUUAAUUAGUGGAUUCGUUCAUAAAAUCAAUAUUUGGAAAUGAACAUAUAUAUAUCUGCAAUAAAACAUCUGAGGUGAUAAUAAA